AUAAAGUAUAUCCUCUCUCGGAGAAAGAUAAGAAGCCCGAGACAGGAGGGGGAUGAAGAUGGCGGACGCCAAGCAGAAGAGGAAUGAGCAGUUAAAGCGAUGGCUGGGCUCGGAAACGGACCUGGAGCCUCCUAUUCUGAAAAAGAAGAAGACGAAGGUGAAGUUCGAUGAUGGCGCCGUGUUUCUGGCCGCCUGCUCAAGCGGCGAUACCGAGGAGGUGCUCCGAAUGCUUGACCGGGGCGCUGACAUCAACUACGCCAAUGUAGACGGUCUCACCGCCCUCCACCAGGCAUGCAUAGAUGACAAUGUCGACAUGGUGACUUUCCUGGUGGAGCACGGAGCCAGCAUCAACCAGCCAGACAAUGAGGGCUGGAUCCCCCUCCACGCUGCAGCUUCCUGUGGAUACCUCGACAUAGCAGAGUAUCUCAUUAGCCAGGGUGCUAAUGUAGGAGUUGUGAACAGUGAGGGUGAGACACCGCUGGACAUUGCUGAAGAGGAGGCAAUGGAGGAACUCCUGCAAAAUGAGAUCAACCGACAAGGAGUGGAUAUCGAGGCGGCCCGGAAAGAAGAGGAGCGGGUCAUGCUGAGGGACGCCCGGCAGUGGCUCAACAGUGGCCAGAUCCAAGAUGUCCGGCACGCAAAAUCCGGAGGAACGGCUCUCCAUGUAGCUGCUGCAAAAGGAUACGUCGAGGUUUUAAAGCUUUUAAUCCAAGCAGGGUAUGAUGUAAAUAUUAAGGACUAUGAUGGCUGGACUCCUCUACAUGCAGCAGCACACUGGGGCAAAGAGGAGGCGUGUAGGAUACUGGUGGAGAAUCUAUGUGACAUGGACCUCAUUAAUAAAAUGGGCCAGACCCCUUUUGAUGUAGCAGAUGAAGACGUUCUGGGAUACUUAGAAGAACUACAAAAGAAACAAAAUCUGCUGAUGAGCGAAAAGAAAGAUGUUAAGAAAUCUCCUUUGAUUGAAACGACAACCACAGGGGAUAACAACCAAUCACUGAAACCACUCAAGAGCAAAGAAACACUGCUUCUGGAACCAGAGAAGAGCGCUCCUCGCAUUGAGACCUUAGAACCAGAGAAGGUGGAUGAAGAAGAGGAGGGGAAGAAGGACGAAUCAAGCUGCUCCAGUGAAGAAGAGGAGGAAGAAGAUUCCGAGUCGGAGACUGAAGCAGACAAGACCAAGCCUUCGGCAGCGGUGAGCAACAGCACAACGUCCGGCCCAACCAGCAUCACCGUGUCGUCUCCAACUGGCCCAACUAACCAGGUGACCUCCCCCACUUCACCAGUCAAAAAGGUCACUCAGCCUGCAGCAAAGGUCUCAGCUAAAGUGGAGGAGGAGAGGAAGGACGAGUCUCCGGCGUCGUGGCGUCUAGGUUUGAGGAAGACGGGCAGCUAUGGAGCGCUGGCAGAGAUCACAGCCACCAAGGAGGCUCAGAGGGAGAAGGACACCACCGGGGUGAUGCGUUCAGCCUCGAGUCCUCGUCUCUCCUCAUCCCUGGACAACAAAGACAAGGAAAAGGAAAAAGACAAAGGAACCCGGCUCGCCUACGUUGCCCCGACCAUCCCCAGGAGACUGGCCAGUACAUCAGACAUUGAUGAGAAGGAAAACAGGGACUCUACUGCUCUGAUACGUAGUGGCUCCUACACCCGGCGACGCUGGGAUGACGACCUGAAGAACAGUGAAGGAAGCGCCUCCACCAACCGAACCCCCAGCUACCAGCGCAGCACGUCCCAUACGCUAGCACUAGGGCGGAGCGGCAGCACGCGGGACGUGCCAGCCAAGUCUUCGUCAACCUCCAGCUUGGACCCUAACACCUGUAAUACUAAACCCUGGCAGCCACCCGCCUCCCACUACCAGUCUUACAGCAUUUACCGCAGCGGCUCUUUUGGCAGAAGGCACGAGGACUUGAGCUCCUCCACCACCUCCUCCUCCACGACCACCACCACCUCCUCAUCUGUUACCUCGCCCACAGGCCAUCGCGGCCUGCUCUCCAGCCUGGGCUCCUCCUCCACUCGCACUGGCUCCACCAGUCUCACCAGCAGGUACUGGUCAGAGGAGAGUGCAGAGAGGGAAAGGGAGAAGGAGAAGGAGUCUGCUGCGGUCAUCCCCACUAUAAACACUGGCUCUACCACGACCACCACAUCUACCACUACGACCAGCGCCAUAUCUACCACUACCACCACUACCACUGGCACCGUCACUGGCUCCGAAAGACGCAGGUCAUAUCUGACGCCAGUGCGAGACGAGGAGUCAGAGUCUCAGAGGAAAGCUCGCUCUAGACAGGCUCGACAGUCGAGGAGGUCCACUCAGGGUGUGACUCUGACUGACCUGCAAGAGGCCGAGAAAACAAUCGGCAGGAGUCGUCCCCCAAAGACCCGAGAGGAAGAGAAGGAGGAGAAAGAGAAGCAGGACAAGGAGAAGCAAGAGGAGAAGAAGGAGACGGAGACGAAGGAGGACGACUACCGAUCGAAGUACCGCAGCUUCGAAGAGCGUUAUCGGCCUUCAUCUUCCUCCUCCACGUCCGCCAUUUCCACAGUCAGCACUGCCUCCAACCCUUCCUACUCUAGCACCACAUUGUCCUCCAGCUCCAGCUCCCUCAACAGGCCCAACAGUCUGACGGGAAUCACCUCUUCCUACAGCCGUUCCUCCAGAGAUACAGAAAAAGAAACGGACAAAAAGGAUGAGGAGAAGGAGGGAGAGGACAAGUCUCAGCCUCGCUCCAUACGGGAUCGCAGGCGGCCCCGCGAGAAGAGACGCUCCACUGGGGUUUCCUUCUGGACUCAAGAUGGUGAUGAAAACGACCCCGACCAGCAGUCGGACUCCGAGGAGGGCAGCACUAAGGGAGAGCCACAGAGUGACAGAUUGUCCAGGAAUGAGAGCACUUCAUCCUUAGAUCGCAACGACACUCUUUUUAGCCGCAGCUAUGGUGAGAGUCGAAGGCCAUAUUCAAGCCGACUGGAUAGAGACGACACCACUGACUACAAGAAGCUCUACGAGCAGAUCUUAGCUGAGAACGAGAAGUUGAAGGCCCAGUUACGUGACACGGACCUGGAGCUGGCAGACUUGAAGCUACAACUAGAGAAGGCCACACAGAGGCAGGAACGCUAUGCUGACCGAUCACAGCUUGAGAUGGAGAAAAGGGUAACAAGCAGGCCCCAAUAUCAUCUGGGUGGUGGUAUGAUCUUACCCUGAGUUUCUGUAUCAGUCUCCUCUCUGCUGCUGGCUGUCGUGUCACACAUGUAGCUGGGGUCAAAGGGACGCCCUCCCUCCACUGCCACCCAGAACACUGCCACCCUCUCUUUCACCUGUUUUUGAACCUCAGAGGCAGCGUGUGGUCACCACUUCUCAAGACUGCUUCAUUUCUUAUUUUUGAGCGUGUGAAAGUGUGUUUACUUGUUUAGGAAGAUUGUAGGUUGUUAAAGCUGUUUUUUUUUUUUUAAAGGACCUGUGCAUGUGUGUUUUCAUGCUGUUUUCACUCAUUUAGUAACAACGCUGGCGUCUUGAGCUGCAGCUGUGUAGCCGUUACAUCAUAACCUGUGGAUUUGUUCAACUUCAUCCACUAUUUUCAAAUCCAUCCUGUACUUUAGGCAACAUUUGAGGUCACUAUUCACGUGUCAUUUGUCCUUACAGCCUUUUUAUAAUACAAGAAUGUCCUUUUUUGCUUCAAAAAAGACAUUCUGACCUCCCUGUCCAUGAGUCAUUUCAUUAACUUACCAACCAGCACAACUUCUAAACAUCUACAUCCUCAUUUCUUGACUCAUUCCUGCCUUUUGGAUGUUAAUUUCCGUAUACCUCACUGAGUAUGUAGGUCUGAACUGGCUGCUGCUUGCGGACGUCUCACAAAACAUGCGUGUGUUUAGUUGUGUGCUGUCACUACACCCUCACCGUCCUUCACACCUCCUGGUUUUUUUGCCGUGUGUAGAGCCUGCACCUCAGCGUGUUGUCUGCUAACUGUCUCUGUGACGUGCGUGAGUUCAGAGUUAACCCGCUCUCCUUCACCCAACAGGAAAGAAGAGCUCUAGAAAGGAAGAUUUCUGAGAUGGAGGAGGAACUUAAGGUACCACCACACACAGUCACACACACU